GCGCCGCCCGUGCUCCUGUGAGCGCAGAUUCGCUCUUGUGCAGUGUUUUUCUGACUCUUUUCACACUGAUCACACAGUUUCUUCUUGACUCAGACUGAAACAUGCCUGUUUUUGCAGAGGACUCGGCGCAGCUGACCAAAGCGCGGCUCAAGUCUGACCUGGUCGCGCACAGCGUGACUCUGCCCCCGACCACGAGCAGAAAGGAGGUUUACGUGGAGCUGCACGCGGCGCACGUCCAGAGAAAAAGCGCAGAUUUCUCCAGCGACGAGGAGCCAGAGGCGGAGGAGGAGCCAAACGACGCACAGACGCUGGACCCCAGCAGUUUGACGGAUGACGGGCUGAAGGCGGCUCUGCUGCGGCGCGGCGUCAGGGCCGGACCUGUAGUCGCCUCCACCAGGGGGCUCUACGAGCGCAAACUCAGAAACCUGCUUCUGUCCAACGGCCACGACAAAGAGAAACACGAAGAGGACGGAGCAGAUGAGGCUGUGCUGUAUUCUGACAGUGAGGAAGAGGAGAACAGCGAGGAAGAGCGAGAAGAGCCAGUCACUGAAGAGGUCCAAACCCAGACGGACCCAGCGGCCCAGUCCAGACAGGACUGCUCGUCUCACAGUGAGGAUCGUGUUUACCCUCAGUGUUUCUUAUUAUCGUCUCGUCUGCGUUUGUGCGCUCCUAAAAACGCCAAACCUCGUCCCAAACAGAACCCGAGGAAUGUGUUCAAAUCAUCGCAGCUCGGUCGAUCUCGGUCUGGCGUUAGCAGAGCGCCCUCUAUAGACCAGCCCUCACGAUUAGCAACAGGGGCCCCGGCUCCAGAUCCUGUGGAGGAAAGGUUUAAGGACUUGUUAGUGGACACGCCCACCGGAAUCUAUGCAUCUCGACGCAGACCAAUCAAAGGAGCAGCGGCUCGGCCCGUUCAGUACAUCUAUCCUGACACCGCCCUAAGCCCCGCCUCCCCCCUAAGCCCCGCCUCUCUGGAGCGUCAGGAGGUGGAGAGGCGGCUGGUCUCCCUCAGAAUACAGCUCCUGGUGUUUCUCUUCGUGGCCAUUAUUCUGUAUGUGGUUUACGUUUGUGUGGAGGACUUUUCCUUUAACCCCGUGUUGGCUUUGAUCGACGUCUUUGACCAGGGCUUAGACGCAGACGAGCCGGAGACUCAGGAGGUAGAGGAGUUUUUAGAAGUGGAGUGAGCCGUUAUCACAAUAAAAUGUAU